AGCCGCUUGAUGAUUGUACUUUUGGUCACCACCUCUUUGCUACCAUAUUCGACAAAAUGGCCGGCCUUCUCAAGAAGUUUGGCAUUGGGUCCUCCCCUCAGGUCAGCGAAGGUGUCGCUGUCGACGAGAUCCAGAGCUCCGGUGCUUCUAGUCCAAAGAUGGGCGAGAAGAACGAAAAGGACGUUGGUGUCUCGUCGUCCCACGAAUUGCCAGAAGCAGAAGCUGCCAGACGCCUCAAAGGUGUGUUUCGUGUACUCACUAUCGACUUCACGAGACUAACUGAAUUCACAAGCGUUCAAGCGCAAUGCCGACGCACUCUGGGACCCCAACCUUGAGAGCGAGGUUAUGCAUGAUGUUGAAGAGGCUGUUGGACACCACGAUAAGGAUGCCGAGAACAAUCUCGUCCAUGAGAUGAUGGACAACUCUCCAUACCCAGAAGUCAGAGCUGCUGUCAGAAAUUAUGACGUUGAUCUGCCUUGUAACACCAUCAGGAUGUGGGUCAUCUCGAUGCUGAUGACCACCAUUGGUUCCGGCUUGAACAUGCUCUUCUCGCUUCGUUCGCCCUCAAUCACUAUUACCUCUUACGUUGCUCAACUCAUCGUCUAUCCUGUCGGUCUUGGAUGGGACAAAGUUAUGCCCAACCGCGAAUUCAACACUUUUGGUGUUAGGUGGAACCUCAAUCCUGGUCCAUUCAACUUCAAGGAACACGCCAUGAUCGUCAUCAUGGCUAACGCCUCAUUUGGAACUGGUGUCGGAUACUUCACAGAUAUCCUCCAGGCUCAGCGUGGUUUCUACAAGUUCAACUGGGGUUGGGGCUUUGGUGUGCUAGUGGCUCUGAGUACUCAGUGUGUUGGAUUCGGUCUCGCUGGUCUGUUCUCCAGAUGGCUCGUUGAGCCUGCGGGUAUGAUCUGGCCUCAAGACUUAGUCAACUGCGCAUUCAUGUACACCCUCCACGACAACUCCAAGACUGACCCUGCAAAGACAAAUGGCUGGAGUAUCAGCAGAUAUCGCUGGUUCUUCUACGUUUUCAUGGGAUCUUUCCUCUACUACUGGUUCCCUGGUUAUAUCGCUCAGUUCCUGAGUGUCUUUGCAUUCCCUACCUGGAUCGCCCCCAACAACAUCACUGUCAACAAGGUCUUUGGAGGCUACAGUGGUAUGGCCCUACUGCCUAUCACCUUCGACUGGACUCAGAUCACUGGUUACGUGUUCAGUCCCCUGAUCCCUCCAUGGCACGCUAUUGGAAACACCUUGAUCGGUCUCGUUCUCUUCUACUGGAUCACUGCUUCGGCAGUUCACUUCAGUGGUACCUGGUACGCUGAUUACCUGCCCUUCAGUGACUCAAGCUCUUACGACAACACUGCCUCGGUCUACAACGUCUCUAAGAUUCUCACCCCUGAGAUCACCCUUGACCUUACCAAGUACAAGGAGUACUCUCCUCUCUUCUUGUCAACUACUUUCGCGCUCUGUUACGGUCUCUCUUUUGCUGCCAUCUCUGCCGUCGUCGUUCACACCAUUCUCUUCCACGGAAAGUUCAUCAUGGACAGAUGGCGACGCUCUCGCGAUGAUAUGCGCGAUGUCCACCAGGAAAUGAUGGAUAAGUACCCCAAGGUACCUGCUUGGUGGUUCUUGUCCCUGUUGGCUGUCUGUAUCGGUCUUUCGUUUGCCACGAUCUACGCAUAUCCGACAGAGAUGAGCUGGUGGGCACUUAUCCUUGCCUUUAUCAUCUCCUUCGUUUGGUUUGUGCCGAUUGGCAUGGUGCAAGCUAUCACCAACGUUCAGCUUGGUCUGAACGUAUUCACCGAGUUCUUGAUCGGUUACAUGCAACCUGGCAAGCCCAAUGCUAUGAUGCUGUUCAAGACUUACGGUUACAUCACCAUGACCCAAGGUCUUGCCUUCACCCAGGAUAUGAAGCUUGGUCACUACCUCAAGGUACCUCCACGCACCAUGUUCCUUGGUCAGCUGAUCGCCACCAUCUGGUCUUGCAUUGUUCAGCUUGCAGUCUUCGAGUGGGCUUUCGGUGGCGGUAUCAAGGACCUUUGCGCUCUGCACCAGACCAAUCACUUCACCUGCCCUGGAGGUAGAGUCUUCUACAACGCCAGUGUCAUUUGGGGUGUCAUCGGCCCCGCACGCAUGUUCAGCGGUGACUCCACCUACAAGAACCUCCAAUACUUCUGGCUCGCCGGUGCCGCUGCACCUAUCAUCUUCUACUUCGCAGCCAAGCAGUGGCCUAAGUCACCUGUUCGCUUCCUCAGCGCUCCUCUGAUCUUCGGUGGUACUGGACAGAUCCCUCCUGCCACUCCUUUGAACUACCUGUCUUGGGGUAUUGUUGGCUUCAUCUUCAACAAGUUCAUCAGAAACAGAUACAGAGGAUGGUGGAUGCGUUUCAACUACAUCACCUCUGCUGCGCUUGACUCAGGUCUUGCUAUAUCGACCAUUUUGAUUGUGUUGACCAUCAGUUUGACCAACACCGAUGCUCCCAACUGGUGGGGCAAUGUCGGCGUCUACAACACGAUGGACUACCUGGGUACCGCUGUCGCAAAGGUCUUGCCUGAGGGCGCUACCUUCGGUCCAUCCACGUGGUAGAGAGAGAGGGGGGGGGAAGAGAUUUUUGUGUUGAGUGAUGAGUUUGACGGAAUGUCUCUCGCUUCAGGAUAAAUCUUGUUAAGCAGCAAUUUUGAAUAAUUAAUAUAUGAUGUUGCAUACCUUGGUGUCUAUUCUGAUUGUCUUUGGUCUCUAUUACACACAAC